CAUUCUCUGCAACGGAAGAGCAAAAAAGGACAAAUGAUACAAAGCAAUGGGAGUUGUAGGUUGGGAGAUACUGUGGGAACAGUUUGGCUGAAGGAUGGAGAAGUGGAAAAAAAACCCAACAAACAACAAGGAACUGUGGAACAGACUGAGACUGGUUAGGCAAAAUCAACUGAGCUAAAUCACAUGGAAGAAACAGAGGCAGAAGAAAACAAACCGAGUCAGGACCAAGCUAGAAAGGGAUAAAUCACCAAAAGGGGACAAAUCAACAACAGAAGCAAGAAGACUCUGUUCCCAGAAGAUCUUCUGUUCCAGGAUUCAUGUUGCUGGACACUUUGACCUUAACUUCUCUCUUCUGCAGAAUUAGAGAACUAAUAUCAUCACUAGGUCACUCCCUUGCUGCUGCAAAAAUUAGCUCAAUAAGUACCCAUGAAAUACACAGUUACAAGAAUUCUGGUCAGGUCCCCAGCUAUGGAAGAGAGGGCUGCGUUCUUAAGAGCCCCAGCACAGGAUGUGAAGAACCUGCUGGAGAAUUCCUUUGCCCCAUGGUCCCCAAAGCGUGCUUCUCCCUCCUCUUCCGAAUCCAUCUCCAGCCUCUGACAGGGGUCAUUUCUGUCCAGAAAUUAAUUGCACUGUCCCCAGAACAUAAUUUACAUGAUGUGCAGCAUGUAAGACCUGAAAACGUGCACUAAAAAAUGCAAAACAAAUAGAGUAGCUGCUCACUCUGUGUAUGCCACCUAGUCUGUGUACUCAGUGUGGAAUACCCCAUAUAUGUUAUUAAAGACAGUGUCCUAACACCUACAACAAACAGUAGCUGUACAGGCAGCCCAAACACUCCUGCUUCAUUUAUGUUAAGAAUGCUAUUUUGCUAUUUUACUGGGUUUUUAGACACAAAUUCAAACGUAUUUCAAGUCUGAAUCAAUACAUACUGACCACAUAUACUUAAGAAAUGUAUUCUAAAGGUAUGGAGAGAGGUGAAAGCAUUAGUUUAACUUAUUUUUUUUUUUUUUCUGGGCUGCAGCAUGAGGUCAAUUAAGCAGCAUUCAAUAAUGAAAUCCAGUUCACCAGGGAAACACUAUGUUCCCUUUAGUUUAUCAACUAAUCACACUAAGCCACCAAUUCGUCCUGUAAGAUGUCCAUUUCCAAUUCAGAUUUGUUUUAAAAGUUUAUCUGAAAUCUACUUUUUCUUGCUAAAUUCAACUCUUUUUCCUAAAAUGUAAAGAAAAAUAUAUAGUUCAGGUAAAUGUUAAGAAGGCCAGAGAAUUAUUUGCUUUCAUUAUCAAUAAGUAAUUUUCUGUCUUGCUCCUUGUCAAAUGGCUCCGCAUUACUGUAAUAUCUUGUAAGGCAAAGAUGUUUCCUGAGUUUUAAAGGAAAUCAGAAAAGGGAGAUGAGACAAUAAUUAGGAAGAAUUUGGUAUAAGGAAGGGAAAUGUAAUAAACAUGUUUUUUCUUACCCUGGAUCUUUUUACUGCAGGCAUUCAGGAUUGGAAUGGAACAAUAAUUCAUUGCAGCAAGAGCCAAAAACACACGCAGAGCAUUCGAGAAAGUCAGACGGUCUAUCUCUUUCAGAACUGCCAUCUAAAGUGAAUUAGAGUUUAUGAAUCCUUCAUUCUUCAGAAAGACUGGAGCAUCUUUUCCCACACAUUUCAUCAGGUUUUGCAGCAUAAAGAUGUCUCUGAUACUUGGAAUGCGCUGCUCCACUAGUAAUCUGAUGAAGAAACACACACAAAGCCUUCAGCUAGAGAGUUAACUGACAGAGUUCUCCUCAUUUCAGCAGAAACAGGUAAAGCGAACUGCCCUUACUAUGCCAAGGCUGAGCUCCUGGCUGACUACCUGCAGGCGAACCUGCCGCACUUCAGGGUCCACAAGAUCACUCAGCACCCUGACAAAUGGGAGCAGUGGCUUCAUGACAUUUGUGAAACGAAUGGAUGGAAACACAGCCGCUCUCCUAUCAUUUGGAGAGAGCUGUUGGACCGUGGAGGGAAGGGCCUGCUUCUGGGAGGCGUUAAUGAUUUUCUGGAAUAUGCUCAGCACUAUUACGGUGUCACCUCAACAAUGUUGAGCGACGAAAUGUUAGCCAUUGCUGAGGAGAACCUGCAGGCGCACAUUGAAAUUGAAAAAGAGGAGGAAGAAAUUAAAAGUCUUAUCAAGCCUUUGCAGAUCUGGAUCACCAGUGCAUCAGUUCCCAUCUGUUACCAGCUGAUCCCUCUGUUGGCAAAUGGAGAAGUGUUUGGGAUGACCACCGAAAUCAGUAUCCAUUUGCUUGACACUGACCAGUUUAAGGAAGUUCUUUGCGGUAUUGUGAUGGAAGCUGAAGACAUGGCAUUCCCACUCCUCCGCUGUAUUUCAGAGCACACAGAAAUAGAUAAGGCUUUUAUUCAAGCCGAUGUUGUCAUUGUUCUUGAUGAUGUCCUCUUAAACUGUGAAGUCCAGCCCCUUGAGUCCUACGUGAGAGAAGUAAGUGAGAUCUGUCAAGUGUAUGCUCACCUGAUAGAGAAGAAUGCAAAGAGUGAUGUCAGAGUAAUUUCAUCAGGAAAAACCUUUGUAAACCUUAAGGCGAUGAUGAUGAUGACAUACGGCUCAUCCAUUAAGCCUGAAAAUGUCAUUGCAGUUGCAACAUCCUUGGAAAAUGCAGCUAAAGCCAUGCUGGCCAGGAAGCUGAAUAUGAAUGCAGCAGGAGUUAAAGACGUGAUUGUCUGGGGUAAUAUUACUGGCUGUAACUACAUUGAUUUGUCAUAUGCAAAAGUUUAUGGAUAUGAGUCUGCUAUUUGGGGCCCAGCUAAUUUUUCACGUCCUGUGUUGAAUAUGAUUUAUGAUAGUGAAUGGAUCCAUUCAGAAUUUCUAUCUGCACAGAGUUCACUGAAUUCCCAGGUCUCUGAUUGUGCAGGAAUGUUACAUGCUCAUGCGGUAGCCACUGUACUGAGAUACUGGUAUCAUGGCUCUCCUCCUGGGGAAAUCAUUUCUGUGGGAGUACUUAGUGCAGGUCAAUUUUGCAUUCCUGAAGGAAUUGUCUUCUCUAUGCCAGUGAGGUUCCAGAAUGGUAACUGGGAAGUCAUGACAGAAUUAGAAAUUAAUGAAACGACCCAAAAAGUUCUGGACCGCUUAGCCCAUGAUCUGAUUCAGGAAAAGCUCGUUGCACUAAAGGAAAUAAGAGAAAUGCUUCCAUAUGGAGCUGAUAAAAUCACUAGUAAAGAAUAUUUGCAGCAAGGCAUUUGUUGUGAACAGCAUUCAUUUAAAAGCAGAACCUUUAAAACUGUGUCUUGAAGUCAACUUUUAAGUGCUAUAGAACUACUGGACUUCUCUGGUGGUGUCAUCUGCCUUCUGGGCUUUUAGUAAGUAGCUGAGAGAAAG